AUGAUCUGUUUUCUCCAAACAUUUGAAACAGAUGAAUUCUAUAAAUAAGCCAAUGAAAAAGUCAUCAAAACCAUUCUCAUUAAAAUUGUCAGUAACAUACAUUAAACUUGUACAAUCAAUAACACCAAGAAUGUUAGACAAAUCUUCAGCUAGAAUAUUUUCUCUGCCAUAAAUGUGGAACUUGAAAUUCAUGGCAAUAGCAUUACAACAUUUAAAUUCGAUAAGGUGAUAUCAUUCAUCAAUUUCAAAAGAGUUUAUCUUUCAAAGAUUACAAUGACUCCAUUUGAAAUCAGUAACUAAAAAUCAUUAAUCUUUGUGAGUUCUUUCACUUAACAAAUCUAAUUAAGUGAUCUAAUAUAUACUGGAGAUGCAUCUAAUCAGAAACAAUAAAUAAUUAUCAAGAAUUCAAAUGAUGUAGUAAUUGAAAAUCUUAAAUUAUCUAACAUCGAUAUUAACAAUGUAGAAGCCUUUAUUACAAUUGAUCAAAUACCUUAAAUCUAAAAUGUUAGAAUAUCUAAUAUAGAAUGUGUUUCAAGUUAAGCCUAGAAUCUGAUUCUGCUACUUUUAAAUUUGAAGGAGACUGAUUCUGUAGAGAUAUCCAAUGUCAAAAUUACUUCCAAAUUUACCUAAGCAUCAUUUUUAAAAUAAGUAUCUGGAAAUUUGAUCAUCAAUAACAUCCAAAUAGACGAUAGUCAAAUAUCAAGCAUCAAUAGUCUUUUUAAUUUUGGAACACUACUUCAGGUUGAAAUCAUUCAAUUUUCAAUUCUAAAUUCUAUUAUAAUUAACUCGACACUCUUGUAUUUGAAUGGAUAAUCCUCCUUGAAUAGUGUAGUAUUUGAGAAUAAUGAAUUAUCUAUUGAGUCAGUUGGAAUAACUAAUAAAAAUGUUGAAGUCACAUUAUAUACAUUUUAAGAUGUUUCAUUUAAAUUAAAUAAAUACGACUAAAGUUCUUGCUUAGUUAAAAUCAAGGAAAGUUUUAGUCCGAAUAAAGUAAUAAGGAUCAGUCAAUUAAGUUUAAUUGCCAACACAUUAACUACAAUUCCAAGUUUACAGUUUUUGGAAUAACAAUUAACAACUCUGUUCUAUCUGUAAAUAUAGAAUGUGAGUAUCACUGACUUGUCAAUAGAAAGAGCCUAUGGCAUAAGAGACAUUACAUUUGUAGAUGUAAUAUUCUUAAAUCUAAAUCAAAUCAAAAUUCAAUAACAUAAACAACAUGUCUUCAAAGGUCUUCAUCAAUAUGUGGAUUGUUUCACAAGAUCUAUCUAAAGUCAGUACUACAUUACAUCACUCUAUUUAUAUGAUGUAUCUCAAAUAGUCAUCCAUCAAUUGACAAUAGAUAUGGCUGAGUCCAUCAACUAUCCAAUCAUCAACAUAUAGAGUUCUAUUGCUGUCUCCUCAUCCUCGAAAUCGUUACACAUUGAAGAAAUCACGUUUACGAAUAACUUGGUAAUCAUAAUUAACAAGAUGAAAUCAACUUCGAUUUUUCAAAUGAGUUCUGAAUAAGAAUACCAAAUUACCAUUCUCAAUUCAUUUAUGAAAUAUAACUUAAUGCAUCAAUAUGAGUAAAAUGAUCGAAUUUAUUCAGGACUGAUCUUCAAUUUCGAUUGUCCUUACUGUACAAUUAAAAUAACCAAUCUCUUAGUCGAAGAUAAUCUUGUUACAAAUACAACCGAUAAUGUGAUAUCACUAAAAGCCAAGUCCAUCUCAAUUCGAUAAUCAAAGUUCUUUCAGAAUUCAAUCUUCUAGUAUUCUAUCAUAUAACCAUAUCUAUUAUGGGGAUUCCAUAAAAAUGAAGACAUCUUUGUUGAACAAAUAAAAUAAGUAUUCCCAAUCAGAGUUAUAACUGGAAAUAUGAAAUUAAUAGGUUAAAAUAUUUAAAUAGAAAAUCUAAAUAUUACUAAUUCAUCUGGAUCAGGCCUUUACAUAAAGUUAGAGAGUGAUGCAACUUUGUUCAUAAAGAACACUAUAUUCAAUCAUAUUACAACUCACUACAUCGAUUCUGAUGAGAAUGGAGGAGCAAUAUAUAUUGAUUCAUCAUAUGCUAUGAGAUCCAAUAUUCUGCUCUCAAACAUUACUGCAUCCAAUAUCCAAUGUAGAAACUAUGGUGGCUUAGUAUUUUUACUAAAUGGAGAGAGUUACAUUUAAAUCAACCUAACUAAUCUCAACAUUGCUGACGUUUAUGCCCUCAAAGGAUCUAUUGUUUAUAGUGAAUUUUCAUCAACCUUUAAUUCAAUCCAAUCAUUUAAAAUUUCAAACUUAGUAAUUGCCAACAACCUACAAAAUCAACUAUUAUACUUUCAAAAAUUUGAAGUUAAUAAGCUUGAUUCUUCUGCAAUGCAGACAUUAUCUUUUUAAAGGAGUCUGCUAAAGAUAUCUAAUGCUUGGACAAUAACCUUGGAGUAUCUGUAAAUAUCUGAAUUACAUUUCGAGUCACUCGGAUUCUUUGACAAUAUCAGAAGUGCUCAAUUAAAGUAGAUUUAGCUAACUCAGUGUCAAUUACUUAAUUCUUUUAUUGUCAUCAAUACAAUCCAAGAUAAAUCUCAGAUUUUCAUACAACAAUUAAAAUUACAUAACUCAACUAUUUUGGAUAUUAUCCCCCUAACACCCACUUCAGAAUGUACUAAUUUAGAGUCUCAAACUAAAUUAGUUUAAUUUUAAUGUUUGACCGAAUUCUUCUAAAAAUAAUCACCGAUCAAACUGAAUUCUAAUAAUGAAGAGUUGUCUUCAGUUUGUUUAAUUUAGAAGUUAAAAUAACUUGAUAGAAAAUCUAAUGGUAGUUUAAUAUAUCUCAACCUUUAUAAUUCUAGCUUAAGUAUUUCAUAGGUUUCAUUUUAGUAUCUCAAAUGCUCGGAUGGGUUAUUGUUUAUUAACUUUCAGCGUAAGGAAGGGACCCUCUAUAUGAAAAAUGUAAACUUAUAAAAUAAUAUAUGUGAACUAUCGAGUUGCUUAAAAAUAGUCAAAAAAACGAGUUCUUCAUCUCGUAUCCUUGAGAAUUUGAAUCAAUACAUAAAUAAGAAAUAAUAUGACUUUAAACUACAAGAUUACGUUUGUAGUUUUAAUUAUGGGUAUGAAGGUACCUGUCUUUAGAUUUCAAAUAUCAAAACAUUAAUUGUUUCUUCAAUUUUUCAACAUAACGUAGCACAUUAAUCUGGUGGAUCUAUGAUUGUGAUUGGAGAGGAAUCAUUCAUUUUAGCAUAUUGUACAAUUCAAAAUAACACUGCUUAAUUUGGAGGAGGAUUUGCUGUUGCUGAUUAAAUAAGUUAGAAUUUGACAAGAUUAGGAUCUGUGUUGAAUGAGAAUAAUGCAUUAAAAUUUGGAGCUAAUCAAGCGUAAUUACCAUCAUCAUUGUCAAUUACAACGGAUAUGAAGAAUGUUUUGUCAAAGGUUAAGAUCAUUGAAUAGAGUAAUUUAUUGAUAGAAUAGAUUGAAAUAAAGCCUUAUUAAGUAUUUACGAACACAUAUUCAGAUGCUUUGUAUGUACCAAAUGGAUAAAAGCUUUCAAUGUAUGAGUAUUUUGAUUGGAAGAAAGGUUAAUAUUAUCAAUACAAUUUGCAUUUAAGAAUUGUAGCUUUGGAUCCUCAAAACGAAGUUCAAGAAAAUUUAAAUGGUACAUAUUGUGAAAUUAGUGGUGGAUUACUGAGGUCUAAUGAAAUUACUGAAUUUAGUAACAAUUUUACGAAUUUGAAAAAUAUAAGCUUUAAUUCUACAGAUUAUAAUUUAGAUGAGAUUAUAUUUUACUUAGAUGAUGAACUUAAUAUGACCUUGUAGAUGUAGUUUUACUGCAAUUCAAUCUAUGUUCCAAUCUAUGGGGAACAGCAGGAAAUAAUCAGUUAUCACAAUAAUUAUUACUUAAGAUUAAAUAUUAAGACAUUGCCUUGCUAAAUGGGUGAAAUAAAGAGAACUUCUGACUUAACCUGUUAGCCUUGUGAUGCAGAGCAAGGUUAAUAUUCUGUGAGCUUCAAUUCCCAGGAUUGUACUAUUAAAGAUGACUCAUCAAUCAAAGAAAUAAAGUCAGCUUAAAUGAAUCUUAGAUCUGGAUAUUGGCGACCUUAUUUCUAUACUGAUCAGAUUAGCUUUUGUAUCAAUUUACUAAGCAACUGUUUGGGAGGAUGGAAAGAAGGAGAUACGUCUUGUUUUAUUGGACAUAUAGGUGCAUUAUGUGAAGAAUGUGACAUAUAUAACUUACGUGGAGAGGGUCACUUCUCAACAAGUACUAAGUAUUCUUGCAGUUCUUGUGCUGAAAAAGAUACAAAUUCAAUAAUUAUAACUGCUAUCAGCAUCUGGACUUUGGUUUCAAUCCUGAUUUCAGUUAAGGGUACUGUCUCCUUGCUUGUAGAUAUUGCAUUAAAAGUUCAAGUAAAAAAGAUCAGGUUCUUCAUGUCAAUGCAAGAGUCCUAUUCUGGAAUUCUCAUCAAGAUGUUAACAAAUCAUCUAUAGAUAUUAUCCACUAUCACUAGUUUUAAAUUGAAUCUGCCCAGUGGAAUGUCAAGUGCAAUCAAUGCUUCUGGAAACCCCAUUUAAACCAUGACCUAUUCCCUUGACUGUUUCUUAAUGGAAAUGUUUUAUUUCAACAUCCAUUAUUCAAGAAUGAUCUGGUAGAUGAUUAUGCCAUUCAUUUAUAUCUUUAUUUUCUUUCUAUUGUACUGGAUUGCAAUCAAAUUAAAAAAGGUUACUUAUAGUGUAAGUGUAAUCACAACAACCUUCAUCUAUCUGUAUAUAUAUCUUCAACCCAAUUUAGUAGGUGGCUUAAUUUCCUUGAUAUCCUUCAGGAAUAUCUCCAAUUUUAAGUGGAUUCAAGCCAAUGUUGCAUACAGGUAUGAUACUAUAUCUCAUUUUUUGUGGCUUUUAUCCUUUUGUCUUCCAGGCUUACUAAUCAUAGCCUUCCUUAUCCCAUUUCUCUUUUAUUAUGCUUUGUACAUAAAUAAAGACAACCUUAAUGAUAAGAAAGUCAGGCAAUAAUGGGGAUAUCUCUAUAAUGAAUAUAAGACUGAUGUAUAUUUUUGGGAAGUUGUUAAAAUUGUAGAAAAAGAAUUGUUAAUUAUCUUUCUAUCUUAUUAUGAUGAAACAAUUGUGAAAAAAGGCAUCCUUGUUCUAUUGGUUGUUUAUAUCUAUCUGGAACUCAAUACUAAAUUCAAACCAUAUUAAUCUCCUAACUUAAAUAGAUUAGAUGCUUACUCAGCCAAUGUUUGUGAAAUCUCUAUUGCCCUUGGAAUAGGCAUCUAUGUUGAUUAAAUAUAUGGUUCCUUAGAAAUUUAAAUACCCUACUUCAUUAUUUUGGCAGCUCUCAAUUUAUAUUUCCUCUUGCUUGUCUUGAAGGAAAUAUUACAAUCCUACAAAAGAGAUCUAGAAAUACAAUUAGAUAAGGUUCGUGAUUUAGUUAGAUAAAAAGCACCUUGGACUAUGAAAUAUCGAUUCUUAAAUAAAGAACUUCAAAACAGAUAAGAAAUGAGAAUCAGAGUUAAAUCAAGAUAUCGAAAGAUCCGAGAAUAUUUAAUGGAACAAGCAAAACAACUUCUAGAAUUCAAAUAAUAUAUGUAAGGAACUAAAACUUUUAAAACUGCCAAAAUAUAUCCUGAAUAAUUCAGUGAAUGUUCUUAACCAGAGGAAAUUCAUAAAGAGCCUAAAUAGUUCAUUCAAGCUAAAGAGAGUCAAUCUAAUUUGGAUGAAUGCUUUGUUUGA